UUUGGAGUACACGAUUUUUAAUUCAUCAAGCAAACUGUGUGCCUUUAUUUUGAAGGCAACAUUGUCUUACUUCCAGGAAAGAUCUAUCUAGCUUGGCAGUUUAUUUACUUCCCCUUCUCCAAGGUAACCGACCUGUACACACAGACACAGAACGUACAGAGUUGUAUAUAGUCCCACAGCUUCACAGCCAAACAUAGAGAGAGAGAUUUCUAAUGACACUGACAUCCAAUAGGACAGUCUCCAGUUAGUCCUUAACUGCUACACGUCAUCCACAGGGUGUAAAGAUGUCAUCAGGUGAUAGGAAGAGUGACAUGGAGCGCCUGGGAGUCUUUAAAGAGAUGAGCUACAUCUCUGUAGGAGACAAAUACGCUCCACCCACCAACCCUCCGUUCAAAGAGUCAGCCUAUCGUAGCAGGCAGAUGCAGGCUGGCAUCGCUAAACAACGAUGUGCUCUGCAGAGCGGCUUUUUUGACAAGUCCUUCAAGAGGGUAUUUGAACGUGAGGCACUGAGUGACCCGCUGAGACUGGCCCGACAGAACCGCAUCCAGCAGGCCAAGAAGAACCUGGGCAAGGCCUUCCUGCCCUGUAUCGGGGUCAAGAAGCCCUGUGGUUCAGGAAGUUACUAUGGGACUCUGUCAGGACCAGUUGAAGCCAUGAGUCCACUGUCAGUCCCCCGAAAAGCCCAUCGCGCACCUGGACGCAACAUUGUCACCUCACCCCCCAAGAAAGGCAGUGGUUACAGCUAUCCCAACGUGACACUGUCCAAAAUUGAGCUGUAUGCCUCAGACCCCUACAGCAGAGCCAAAGAAGUACUGAAGAAGGAGGCAGCAAUCCAUCGCUCCAAGUUAAAAGAUGGCCCCUUUAAACUCAACCUUCACCCCAGAGAUUAUUUCCAAGGCAAUCCAUACCGCAGUGACAAGCCACUCCCACCAGCACACAAGCCCCUCCAACCUGCACAGACAGUCCCUCCAGUUCCCUUCAAGCCCCCGUCCCCUAGCAAAAAGAUUGGAGGAAUGAAAGCGGGGACGUUUGACACUUAUCCCUUACAUUCUGCUGAUCCAUACGUCAUUCGCCAUUCAAAACCAACCAAUCAAGAGCCAAUCUUCCGUCCUGCUCCUGGUCCUAAGAGCACACCUGUCAAGAGUAUCAUCACGGUCAAUGUUAACAGGAGUGUGCACUCUGCAAACUACACCUCAACCAUUCCAACUGUGAUGACCUUCUGACUACAUUACCCAUGCUGCACCAACAUUGUCUGACGUUUUUACCUGCUGUAAGUUAUUUUACUGCAUCUGUUUCACUAUCAGCUGUGAUGAGAAUAAUGCUUUUAUUCCAACAUGAAGAUGACACAGCUUUAGCCAUCUUCAGUGGCUUAAUCUAUGAACUUUUGCUUAUUUUCUUUUCCUGUUUCCUGUUCUCUUUAUGGGGCAUAUUUGUAAUGUUCAAAUGUGCACAAACAAGAUCUCAAAUAAAGUUGAGAAGAGUUA